AUGGCCGACGACAGCAAAGCCUCGUUUCUCGGCCUCCGUGGUCAGAGGUUGGCCCUCGCCCAGGCCCUGCUCAUCAUGCUGCCAGCCUACGUCCUGUUUGGCUACAACCAGGCCAACCUCGGAUCCAUACUGCACCUGUCCGACUGGACGGCCACGUUCCCUAGGAUCGACGCGGACAACACGACGGGUGCGCAGAAGGAGAACAACUCGACCGUGUCCGGGCUGGUCAAUGCCGUCUUCACGCUCGGCGCGCUGCCGGCCUGCCUGUCGUGCUCCUACACGGCCGACAAGUUCGGACGGCGCCCGGUGAUACUGGCGGGUGCGGUCCUGACGGGCAUCGGCGAGGUCCUGCAGGCCUCGUCCUUCUCGCUCGCGCAGCUCAUCGUCGGCCGCAUGACGCUGGGGGCCGGCGUGGGCAUGCUGAGCGGUACGGUGCCGACCUGGCGCAGCGAGUGCUCCGACGCGUCGAGCCGGGGCAAGAAUGUCGUCGUCAUCGGCCUCUUCAUCUCGCUCGGCUACGUGCUCGAGUCGUGGAUCAACCUCGGCUUCUACCAGUUCGACGACGGGCCCGUCACCUGGCGGCCCGCCCUGGCCAUCCCCGUCGUCUUCUCCCUGCUCCUGGCCGCCAGCAUCUUCUCCAUGCCGGAGUCGCCGCGUUGGCUGAUGAGCAGCAACCGCGCCGGCGAGGCCCGCAGGACCCUGGCCGCCCUCAGGGACAGGGACGUCGACUCGGCCGAGGUCUCGGUCGAGAUCGCCGCCAUGGAGCAGUCGCUCGAGGAGUCGGACCCGGGAAAGGCCUCGCUCCUGGCCCUCCUCAGGUCCGGCGAGGACCGCCUCCGGUUCCGGUUCGCCAUCUGCCUCCUCCUGCAGUUCUUCCAGCAGAUGGCCGGCAGCAACCUCAUCUCGGUCUACUCUUCCGUCAUCUUCGAGCAGGGCCUGGGCCUCGGCGCCCAGGAUUCCCGCAUCCUCUCCGGCGGCUGCCUCACGUGGAAGUUCCUGUCCUGCUUCGUCGCCUUCUUCACCAUCGACCGCUUCGGCCGCCGCAAGGCCCUCAUCGUCAGCGGAGCCGGCAUGGCCUCGUGCAUGAUCGGCCUGGCCGUGGCCACGUCCUUCCCCAAGAGCGACUAUGCCGCCCAGAUCGUCAGCGUCCUCUUCGUCUUCCUCUACAACUUCUUCAUCCCCAUCGGCUUCCUCGGUGCCAACUUCCUGUACUGCACCGAGGUUGCGCCCCUGAGGCUGAGGGUGGCCAUGUCGAGUAUCUCGACCGCCAACCACUGGCUCUGGAACUUUGUCGUCAUCAUGGUUACGCCCGUUGCCAUCGAUAGCAUCGGAUACAAGUACUACAUCGUGUACGCCGUCGUCGCCUUCUGCAUUCCCUUUUCAGUCUACUUCUUUUACCCCGAGACCAUGGGUAUGAGCCUCGAGGACAUCGACUUGAUCUUCCGGGAGGCCCCGUCCGCCUGGACUAUCGUCCGAUAUGCAAAGCUUAGGCCUCGCCGUGACGCCGAUGACGGAUAUAUGUCUGAGAAGAAGAGUUCAGAAGUGGAAUGCAAGGCCUGA